CAGACAGAAGUGGAGAAGGCUUUAAAAGAGAAAGAUCUUCAUGUCGGGAAAUCUAAUGUACAUAGAAUAUAACUGAGCUGUUAAUCACCCGGCACACCCUCUGGCUCAUUUUUCAUACAGAGGCCAACAAAUGCUGUUGUCAAUCAGUCCGACGAGACGCACCUCCUUUCCAGUUGGGAGCGCACCGGGGCUUCGCAUCUGGAUUUUACGCGUCGGUCGGUCCACGCCUACAAGACUGCCCGCCUCCCCCGCUGCAACCCGCACACUCGGCUGUGGGCUUUUCACGGCGGAGACCUGUCGUCCUCUCCCCCUUUACAGCUUUUCCAGUUUGUCAGAUCUCGGCUCUCUUUCCUUCAAUGGCCGUCCGUGGCGUGAUUUGCAUUCAGCAGCGCAAUAGUUAAUGAGUGCCGGAUGCGCCCUCACUCCAGCAGACCGCUACAGUACGAAGAUGGCGUCGGAGGGAGCCAGCGGAGAGCAGCCUCCUCCGGUACAAACACUGGCAACCGCCGUGCUGGGAAGUGUCGACACGAAAUGUGAGUUCAACAUGGAUAACCUGAGCAAGCCAGAGCUGCUCACCUUGCUGAGUAUCAUGGAGGGAGAGCUGGAGGCCCGAGACCUGGUCAUAGAGGCCCUGAGGGCUCAGAGGAAGGAAGUGUUUCUUCAGGAGCGUUAUGGCCACUACACCCUGACUGACCCCUUCCUGGCGCUUCAGAGGGACUUUGAGUGCGGGGUCCCCGGAGGAGACAAGGAACGGCGGCCCCUGGGCUCCAGCCCCAUCUCUGUCCUGGAGGCCGUCAUGGCCCACUGCAGGAAGAUGCAGGAACGCAUGUCAGCCCAGCUGGCUGCCGCCGAGAGCCGCCAGAAGAGGCUGGAGAUGGAGAAACUGCAGCUCCAGAGUCUGGAACAGGAGCACCGUAAGCUGACAGCGCAGCUGAAGGACGAGCGCGAGAAGAACAAGCACAUCGUCAUGAUGCUGGUGCGGGAGUGCAAGCAGCUCGCCACGCGGGUGGUGGAGGAGUCGCAACGAUUUGACGAGCUCCAGGCUCGCCUGGACGAGGAGAGUCGCACCUCUGGCCGGCUGCAAGGGGAACUGAGCACUGAGCGGCAACGUAGCCAACAGAUGGAGGCCAAGAUGGAAAAGCAGCUGUCAGAGUUUGACACAGAGCGGGAACAGCUGCGUGCCAGGCUAGGUCGUGAGGAGGCCGAGAGCCAGAGUCUGCGGCAGCAGGUGGAGCAGCUCAGGACUGAACAGGGCGAUGAGAAGGAUGCCGCUACUGUCGCCCAGCCUGCUGCUGCUGCUGGAGCAGAACCUGCUGCCACCAGCCCACCACCCAAACCUAAAGCUCUAAAUUCUGUUUCCGUAGCCACAGAGCCGAUCAGCUCUCGAACGGCAUCUUGCCAAACGGACCUGCCCCACACUGAGGUGGAGGGUCCCAAGAAGACUCCCCUCACUAUACCCGUUAAACCAACCCCUGCCAACUAUGUGGGCCUGAGUCUGCCAAAGACGUCUGCCCGGGGAAUUGUCCACAGCAGCUCAGGAGGACUGGCACAGACAGAGAAUGGCUCAGAGGGCCAAGCCCCCCAUGGCUUACCCAGCGGGGUCAGCCCCCGUGUCCAGGCAGCCCGCUACAAGUUCCAGGAACAGGACCAAAACGGCACGGCCUCCCAGAGUCCUCCAGCCCGUGACCUCUCCCCUACUAAUCGUGACAACUUUGCCGCCAAGCAGCAAGCACGCCACACCGUCACGCAGGUUCUUUCGCGCUUCACCAGCCCUCCAGCAGCAGGUGCUGGACCCCUGCGUCCUGGCCUGUCCCACUCCGCCUCAGAGGGAGGCCCUUUCCCCGGUCGCCUGAGCCACCCCAUCGGCCUCAAGUCGCCCACGGUGGCCAGGAUCGACCGGGGAAACCCUCCUCCUAUCCCUCCAAAAAAGCCUGGGCUUUCCCAGACCCCCUCUCCUCCUCAUCCACCCAUCAAAGUGGUGGGAGACAGCAGCCGCUCUCCUGGGGCGGGGCUAAAACCAGCCACGCCCCAGCUGCCGCCCAAACCUGCCCUGGACCUGGUCCCGGCCCUGACGGCCUCUCAGGUGGGUGCCUGCUCGCCCUCUCGCUCCCCGGGGCCCAGCCGGGGCCCUCAGCGGCAGCCGGCAGCAGCAUGUGCAGAGUGCCCCCCCGUCAUCAGCCCUGCCACCACUGUCAGUAGCCCCUCCUCCAUAAACCCCCCUUCCACCUCCUCCUCCGUUAGUGCUCCAUCCUCCCGUAGCCCCCGCGCCUCAGCAGGCAGCCCCCUGGCAACAGCAUCAGGCUGGUGUCCCUCCGUAGUCUCCUCUCUAAGCGGCGGUGGGCCUGCUGCCCUGGACGGCGGGCGCCCCCUGCUCCUCCAAGCUGCUUCCCAGGGAAAUGUCACUUUAUUGUCAAUGCUGCUUAACCAACCAGACCCGACCACCACCACCAUCACCACCACUACCACCACCACCACCACCUCCAUGUCCACCAACACCACCUCUACCACCAACAUCACCUCUACCACCGCCAUGGAGAACAAGCCCAACCAUCUUGACCAAGACCACCACCUCUACCACAACCACAACCAAACCUCUGCCUUGUUUGCUGCUGCUCAGAACGGACACUCAGAGUGUGUGAAGCUGCUGCUGUCUUCCGGUUCGCCUGUUGAUGUUUCGGAUGAAAAUGGAUUCACACCUUUACACUUUGCUGCCGGCCGCGGCCACUGCAGCUGCGUGGAGGUGUUGCUGGCUGCGGGAGCUGCCGUGGACGCGGCGGCGGCGGGGGGACAGACCUCCCUCUUUCUGGCCAGCGAAGCAGGAAGACUGGACUGUGUUCAGGUCCUGCUGAGCACCGGAGCUGAUCGCUCCCGCACCACGACGGACGGCUGCACGGCUCUCCACGCGGCGGUGCGCUCAGGACACGUGGACACGCUGCGUCUCCUACUUUGCCACCCAACUCAGGGUGACCUCACUGUGACCCUUGACCCUCCCGGCACCCUGGCGCUGCCUGCUGCCCUGCUGAACCAGGGCAACAGUGACGGCUGGACGGCUGCACACAUGGCUGCUGCCCUCGGCCUCAAGGAGUGUCUGGAGGUGCUGUGCAGCCACAGUGAACAGGACAUCGAGAGGAGGGAUAAGUGUAAUCGCACCAUUCAUGACGUGGCGACCGAUGACUGCAAAGAUCUACUUGAAAACCUCCACUUGUACCGGGUCCUGGUUCGUCUCCAGUGUCCAGCCGGAGGAGGAGGAGCGGGGUCCAUGUGUCCCGUGGAGGCCCUGGAGGAGGAGGGGAAGGGGGUCACCAGCAGCCAGUUGGUUCUCGGCCGAGUGUCGGUCGACCGGUCGAUGUGUUGGUCUCAGCUGAGCGCCGCUCUCGGCCGCGCCCUCACCUCCCACCUCCAGGUCCUCUGCGGAGACGCUCAGACGGCCAGAGAGGAGACGCAGCGUCCUCCGCUAGGCCUCGGCCCCGCCAGCAUCGCCUCCAUCCUCAUCGGAGACACUGAGUGGUUUCCCGGUCAGGAGCUGCCUUUGUCCCCCUGGGAUCUGGUCAGAAAGCCUCUGAGCCAGUACGUCACCAUCCGCCUCAAAGGUCUGUCUGAGUCGUGUCUCGAUGAGUUGGCUCUGGAUUCUCUCUUCCCCCUGCCGCUGCUGCACAACUACGUCCGCCUGGUGGAACAAUAUGGGAACCUCAUCUUUCACGGGCUGGAGGGCAGCUGUCAGGAGUACAUCGCCAAUCUGAUCGCUCGCUGCAUCAAGUCCAAGCAGGAGGCGGGGGGGCUCGGCUGUGACGUGGUGCGCGUGGAGGUGGAGGAGAGUCUGACCAAAGAGCAGCUGCUGGAGACUUUCAUCACCUGUGGUUUCUUGGUGCCGGCGGUGAGGUUGGGGGUCGGGGUGCCAGCUGGUCACACCGGUCGCCGUGUGGUGGUGCUGCUGGACGGACUGGAGAAGGCUUCGUCCCUGUCAGGCCUGCUGGGAGACCUCUGCCACAGCCUGGACAACAGAGGCUCUGCUGCCCCGCUGGUCCUCAACACCGGACCCCACCAUUUCCGUGAGGGCAGCUUCCUGAUUGCCACAUUGUCAAAGCCCCGCCUCCAGGGCCCAGAGCUCCGCCUCCAGCAGCAUUUCCGCUGGGUGACUCUUCGCUGGGACCAGGAGCCGCUGCACGGCCUGCUGGGAAGGCAUCUCCGCAGGAAGCUGCUUCACAAGAUGGGGACUGGCGUUUGGUCACCUGACGGCGUCAUGGAGCGGUCGGUGUUGUGGGUGAGCCAGGUGUGGCAGCAGCUCAACGCCUGUCUGUCCCGUCUGGGGACCCAUGAGGCUUUGCUGGGGCCGCAGCUCUUCCUGUCCUGCCCGGUGGUUCCGCACAACACACAGGCCAUCGUCAGGUGGCUGGCUCGGCUGUGGAACGCCGUGGUCGUCCCCCGUGUGGAAGAAGCCAUCAUCUCCCGGGUAACAGCCAAGCGCUCUCCCUCCUCCUCCUCCUCCUCCUCGUCCUCCACCACCACCUCGUCCUCCACAUCGCCGUCGUCACAGCGACCGUCUCUUAGCAACUGCGGGCUGAGUGCCGGCCAGCAGGCUGUGGUGAAAGCCGCCCUCAGCAUCCUGGUCAACAAGGCCGUUCUCCUGGGCUGCCCUCUGCCUCGACACGAGAUCGACAGGUACCUGCUGGAGUUUCGAGGCGGGACCUUCCCUCUGUCCGCCAUCGGCUCCUUUAAAGGAAGCAGUGGCGGCGGAGGAGGAGGCAGGAAAGGUCGAGACAGCGGCAAGUUGAGACGAUCCAACACCAGCCCUCGGAAGAAGGGGAGUCCCGCCACCAACUGGAGCUGCGGUGGUUCGUUUAGAGAUGGCUCGCUGUCCAGCACUGAUGUCAGCUUCAUUGCCAAUGGAAAAAUUCAGAGGGAGCCUGUUGGUCUGUCUGUGUUCUCUGACGAUGAGACAGAUUUGAUCAGAGAGCUGCAGACCAUGUGCUCCAGCAAGUCAGAGCCAGACAUCAGCAAGAUAUCUCAGGCCAAAGACGACUUGAUCCUGUUCUCCAGCUCUCCCAGCGGAGCCGCGCCACCUCAGAAGGCAGAACGGGAAACCGCUGUGCAGCAGCGACCGCAGACGACCGUCAUCCGUCAGUCCAGCCGCAGCUCCAACCAGGCGGCCAUCCAGAGCAGCGACCGGCGUUCAGGCCCGCCGCGUGCCAAAUCGCAGCUCCCGGUCCCCAGCAGCAGGGGGCAGCAGACACGAGCUUCCAUCGCUGCCGCUGCUGCCGCCGCCGCCGCCAGCAGCAGCAACAAUAACAGCAGCAGCAGCAGCCCCAGCCGAACCCAGACGCCUUCCAGCCGCAGCAGAAGCACCAUCAACAGCAGCAGCAGCAGCAGCAAAUCAAAGCAGGCUCCACCCAACAGCAGCAACAACAACUAUUACCGCAACAACAUCAACAACCAAUCACACGAGGACAUCUGGAUCCUCCACAGAGACCUGCAUGAAAACAACAACAACAAGUAGACAUCUUCCUCCCCCCUUCCUCCUCUUCCUCUCCCCCUCCUCCCCCCUCCCUACCCAUAAUUCCGCUGUGAACCUCCCUCCAUGAUGUAAAGACUAGGUACCUGAUGACCUUUGACUUUUAGUAUUUGUACUUGUUAUCUGUACUUGUUACACUGUACUACAGUUGUGUACUUGGGGACCAUAGUUUUAUUCUAUUACAGUAUUUGAAGUAUUUGAUCGUUGGGGGUUUAAAAAAAAAAAGAAAAAGCGAGGGUUUGGUACGACUUUACGAGGGGAAAAACUACAGAAAGGUAAUUUACAGAAAGGUUACUUUACUGUUGCCUUAUUCCAGUGUUUUAACCUGCGAGACAAGAAGCAGCGCAAGACUUUAUUGAAAUAUUUGACUGGUGGAAACAGUAUUUUUGUGUACUUAAAGUGAAAUACUGUACUUCUCCCGCUGGGAUAAGGCCAUUAAAGAGUAACUGAAAGUUCUUACAGGUGUUACCUUUUAGUGAAAAGUGUUUUUGGAUCAAAGAAAGAAACAAGCAGGUUUUUAUUUUCUUUUUUUUUUGUUUUGUUUUUUUUUUUGUUGUUUUUUGCUAUUAAGUAUUUUGAGAUAUUCAAGUGUUUAUCUUUAAAUAGUUGCAAGGUUGGUUUAAAUACUGUUGAAAUUAAUCAGGGUUUUACCAAAUAUAUUUGUAAAUAAGAAUUAGUAAGUUUAAAAUGCUCUAUAGAUUGGUGUAUGUGGUAAUGAUGCUUGUACAGUGACGAAAAAACCUUAAAACUGCUGAGAAAAAAAAAAAAAAAAAAAAAAAGGAAAUGUGUACAUAGUGUUUGUAAAAGUUUGGUUCUGAACCCUUCACUUGUUUCAAAGUGAAGGGGAUGUGGCAAUAAGUAAUAGAACUGUAUAAACACAGGAUGUCCUCUGUCAACUGUAAGCCAUAAUAAAUAUUUUAAAUGCCCAUCAUUUCCCCCCCGAGUCAUGGUUCAAUUCAACCCCCCCCCCGCUGAGCCCGAUGGUGUAAUUCACUACAAAACGUCUUUCUUUUUCAUGCUUCCCAUUAAUCACUGUGUUCUCCGUAUGUUUUUAUUUUUUAAAAAAAAAAGGACAAGUUUUAUUUUAAAGUGGACAUUGUUUAUAUAUAUACAUAAAUAUAUAUAUAAAUAUAUAUAUAUACAUAUGUACAGGAGAGAUUUUAGUCAACCUAUGAUUUUGAUCUGUAUGAUAGCUGUUUGAGGUUGUCUUUCAAGCACAAAACAUUAAAAAUGGCACUGUUAAAAAUC